ACCACCUGAGGUCCCCAGCGUCCCACCCUCGCAGCCACCAGUAGGGGGCAGGCAGCGCGGCCAUGUGCCCCCCGGUCAGCGUGCGGUAUGAGGACCAGGGCUUGUCCUGCCUGCACGCAUCCUGGACGUACCAGCUUCAUCAUGGCGACCGGCCGGCGCUUUGCUUCGCCUGCUUCAAGGCUGCCUUCCUGGAGCUCAGAGACCUGCUGGAAUUGGAAGACUGGGAGGACGAAGACUGGGACCCUGAGCCGCUGGACCAGGCUGAGCCGGAGACGGGGCCGAGCGGCGGGCAGGAGGCGGGCCCGGACCACCACGUCGUGCCCACCGAGCUGGACCCUCAGGACGCUGCACCCCUGGGCCUGGGCCCUGAGGAUGCCAACUGGACCCAGGGCCUCCCCUGGAGGCUCAGGGGGUCCCCCACCUGCUUCCACUGGCAGGGCUUUACCAAAGUGAACCGGUCCCUGGGGGAGGCCAUGGUGUUGGAGCUGGGCACCACCCGGGCCAUGGACGCUGCCGAGGCCGAGGCCCAGCUGAUGGACCUGCGGGCCGUCUCCGCGGUGGGCGGCCACGACAACGUCUACCUGCAGAGGAUGGUGCCGGACUGCCUCACGAGGACAGCGGCCUGGUGCUGGGAGCUGGUGCUGGAUGCUGGUGAGGUGUGGGCGGUGCGGCUCCAAGACGCACCCCCCAAGCAGGACCUGCACCUCGGGCAGCUGAGCAUUCUGGAGUCCUCUCCUCCGGGCCAGGAGGAAGGGCUGGUCCCUGCGGACACGGCCCUGCUCAAGAGGGGGUUCAUCAUCCUCUCUUACACAACCUGGAAACAGAGAAGGGCAGAGGAGGGGGCCUCCGCGUCUGGGCCACAGUCCUCAUUCUCCCGGGAGUGGGAUGCCGGGACCGGGAGCAGCGGAACUGAGGGCCCGAGGCCCAAGUGACCACUGCUGUCGCGGCUGCCCCCUCCCCACAACAGCCAAAGGAGCCACGGGCAAAGAACAGGGGGCCUGCGCCUGGGGAAGAAGGAUGGGGAGCUGCGCGGGAACUGAGAAUCCGGACAGUCACUGCCUGUAAGCGGGAGAGGAGUGCUUCUCCGCCAGAUGUCACGCAGCUGGGAACGUGGCACUCUCCGCUGCGCAGACUGCUGCCGCCGCGCAGCUUGCGAGGAGGGGCGCGGGGUGCGCAUCCAGCCCCAGCCCUGCCCUGGGCCACACGCAGGGAUGUCUCAAGUGUGGGUGCCUGUGCCUGGAUGGUCUCUGGGUCUCCGGGUCGGCAGUGGUGGGGACUCUGGUCUGCACUGGGAGAGACCUGGUUUCAAAUGUUGGCUAUUUAUGCAGCUUGACCAUUUAGUGCCCAUUUCUUUGUGUCUUGUUUUUUACCUAAAUAAAGUCAGGAGAGUCUUGCAUCGAGCCCUGGGCUGAAUCA